CCCCCUCUUCCUCAGCCAGCCAGUCUCAAACCCGCGCAGUCCACAGAGACUCGACCGGACCGGCAACAAGGGAAGAAGAAAUCCCCCCAGCCUGAUACAUUAACACAGACACAUAUAGACUAAGACCUCCAGCAUGUUCGGUGGCGGAUUCGAGAGUUUCUUCGGUGGCGGCUUCGAGGGCGGCCCGGGCGGCCCGUCCAAGCCCGUGGACAACAACAAGUUCUACGAGGCCCUGGGCGUUUCCAAGACGGCCACGGCCGCUGAGAUCAAGAAGGCUUACCGUAAACUGGCGCUUAAGAACCACCCGGACAAGGGCGGUGACCCGGAGCUUUUCAAGACCAUUACUGUGGCCUACGAGGUGCUCAGUGACCCGGAGAAGCGCGAACUGUACGACCAGUACGGCGAGGAAGGUCUGCAGAACGGCGGCGGCGGUGCCGAUGCCAGUGACCUGUUCAGUCAGUUCUUCCGUGGCCAGGGAGGCCGUCGACCGCGUGGCCCUCAGAAGGGCGAGGACCUGACGCAUCCGCUCAAGGUGUCGCUGGAGGACCUGUACAACGGCAAGACCGUUAAGCUUGCCGUGAACCGCGACGUGUUGUGCAGCCGCUGCGAGGGCCGCGGUGGCGCUGAAGGAGCCGAGAAGACAUGUGACACGUGCCAGGGCCGCGGUAUGCGCGUGCAGCUACGCCACAUUGCGCCCGGAAUGGUGCAGCAGAUGCAGAGUGUGUGUCCGGACUGCCGUGGCCAGGGCAAGAGCAUCCGUGAGAGCGACCGUUGCAAGGCCUGCAAGGGCAAGAAGGUGACGAAGGAGCGGAAGGUGCUGGAAGUGCACAUUGAGAAGGGUAUGCGCAAUGGCCAGCGCAUUACGUUCUCGGGCGAGGCCGACCAGGCGCCUGGUACAGUGCCUGGUGACAUUAUCUUUGUGGUGCAGGAGAAGGAACACGGCACUUUCCAGCGGAAGGGCGGCAACCUCAUCAUGGAGAAGAAUAUUAGUCUGGUGGAGGCUCUUUGCGGCUUCGAGAUGAUCGUGGAGCACCUGGACGGCCGCCACCUACACAUUAAGACGCGGCCUGGCGAGAUCAUCAAGCCGAACCAGUUCAAGUCGGUGCACGGCGAGGGAAUGCCCACACACGGCAACCCGUUCGUCAAGGGCCAGCUCGUCAUCCUGUUUAAGGUGCAGUUCCCGGAGAGCGGCAGUCUGUCGGAGAAGCAGCUCAGUAUGCUCAAGAGCACGCUGCCGGCCCCCACGCCUGUGGUGCCUGUGAGUGACUCAGAGGAAUGCUUCCUGUCGGAAUUCGACGCCGAGGCUGCCAAGGCGGAACAGCAGCAGCGCGAGGCGUACGACUCGGACGAGGAGCGUGGCGGCCAGCGCGUGCAGUGCCAGCAGCAGUAGGUUUCUCUCUGCCAGCUGGAGAGAAGGUUAGACUCGGCAAAGGACGAGAGCGCUGUGGGCGGGGUGGAUGUCUGUAUCCAUUUUAGCAAUCGAUCGGUGCUUUCGGUAGCGAACCAUACGUUAAGAAGAAAAGAGAGAAAAAUGCAAAAACACUUUAGGUCUUUGCUGUUGGCAGCGUAGGCGUGAUAAACAAAUGAUUGUUUUGCGAUUGUCGAAGUGUCAA